AUCUGCGAUGAUCUAGCAGCUUUCCAGUUGUCCUCACAAGUCAUAAGUUUCAGAUUUAUGCGCACAUAGUGCCUCAGGCGUUCAUUCUCCCUCUAUUUCGCAAUGGCUGAGUUCAGGGAUUCUCACUACCCAGACACUGAAAAGAAUAAUUAUGACGACAAUGGCAUCCACCCAACAACUUCCGUUCAACAUGGCACCGCGCGACGCGUUUCCAUCACGGACGCCGUCUUUGGAGAGAUUAAUGAAGAUGGCCCGAACUACCGUGCCGUGGGUUGGAAAGGUACUGCCGUGCUCAUGUUGAAGACACAGAUUGGUCUUGGUGUCCUCUCCAUUCCAGCAGUCUUCCACAGCCUCGGUAUGAUUCCUGGUGUGAUCAUUAUCUUGGUCAUUGCUGUCAUGACAAGUUGGUCCAACUAUAUUGUUGGUGUCUUCAAGAUGAACCACCCUGAUGUGUAUGGCAUCGACGACGUUGGUCGCAAACUCUUCGGACGUCUCGGCUACGAGUUCUUUGGUAUCACAUUCGCCUUGUACUGGAUCUUCGUGGCUGGCUCCGGUAUGCUGGGUAUUUCCACCGCACUGAAUGCUCUCUCGUCUCAUGGUGCCUGUACUGCUGUCUUUGUCGCUGUGGCUGCUAUCGCUGGUUUUGGUUUGGGCAGCAUCCAGACACUUGGAAAGAUCUCCUGGCUCGCAUGGGUCGGUGUCGUCAGCAUUCUCAGCGCGAUCUUGACUUUGACCAUAGCCGUCGGCAUCCAGGACCGUCCGGCUGACGCACCCCAGACUGGUCCUUUUAAAUCAGAUUACGAGCUCUUCGGUUCCCCUACGGCCGCCGACGCUUUCGCCUCGAUCUCCUCCAUCGUUUUUGCAUACGCAGGAACCCCAGCUUUCUUCAACAUUGUGUCUGAAAUGCGCGAGCCUCGUCACUACACCCGCGCUCUCAUCGUCUGCCAGGGAACUAUGACCGCAGUCUACAUUGCCAUUGGAUGCGUGGUCUACUUUUUUUGUGGAUCGUACGUCUCUUCUCCAGCUCUUGGCUCGGCCGGACACGUCAUGAAGAAGGUCUGCUAUGGCCUUGCCCUCCCCGGUCUACUGGUCAGUACCACGCUCUUCGUGCAUUUUGCGGCCAAGUACUUCUUCAUGCGUAUCCUUCGAGGUUCUCAGCAUCUUACACGCAAUACUGCAACGCAUUGGAUCACAUGGAUUGGCUGCACAGCUGGAAACGCCAUUAUUGCGUACAUCGUUGCCAGCGCCAUCCCCGUUUUUGGCGGACUCGUGUCCCUUGUUGGUGCACUUCUCGGUACCCUCAUGUCUAUUCAGCCUAUGGGUUGCAUGUGGCUUUACGACCACUGGCGCGAUUCAAGGAGUGGAAAGUGGUAUUUCAUGGUGGGUUGGUGUGGUUUUAUGAUUAUCGGAGGUUGGUUCCUUACCAUUGCGGGAACAUACGGCAGUAUCGUCGGUAUCAUCGACAGCUACAAUGCGUCCGGUGGAUCAUCGGCUUGGAGUUGCGCCGAUAAUUCGAACUCCUCGUAAACUGGGACCAAAAAUUCUCGUUCCGGAUGGUACAUCUCGGCAAGGCACUAUGAAAAAUGUGUCAAUGAAACCAGAGUGCUCUCGGAGGACCUUUGUACGAAGUGUCACAUGAUCCGUAUCGCGCGAUAGAGAGAUGGUAGAAGCCUUGAGCAAGCUUAACAGCAGAGAAAGAGGCAUGAUAUCAGAUUGCUGUAAUUGGAAGUUAGGCGUGAUGCCGCAAUGAUAGCGGCAUAAUCCUCCCAAUAGAUCUUUGCGCUUUUUCUAGCCAACGUAUGAACAAGAC